AGGUGAACGCAGCCAACACAGAAUAAUACUAUGAACUGUCAACUUCAUUAUCUGUGGAUAUACAUACUCUGUGAUCGUUUUGUACUUACUUUGUAUUCACCAUUACUUGUAAACUUGCAAUUAAUAAAUAUUAUAAUAAAUAGAUAAAUCCGUGAACAUCUUGGCCUUUUAAUGUUAUCAGGUUAUGGGCCGACCCGUACCUAGUGUUAUUUUCAGUAAAAAUAAAUAAAUUAACAAUAUUUUGAAAAAAUAACCUAAAAGUGAAACUCGCGUGGCCACCGUAAAGGAUUUUUUUCGCCGGUUUUCAUUUUUCAGCUUCUAAAUUUCAGCUUCAUGAUGAGUUCUAAUGCCCACAAUGGCAUCGAAAGGCUAAAAGGCCGGGAUAACUAUGCCACAUGGAGUUUUAGUGUGAAGACUUUUUUGGAACAUGAAGAAUUGUUGGAAUGUAUUGAGGCUGACAUUGUUAAAGAUGCGAAGAAGGACUCAAAAGCCAAAACUAAGAUCAUUCUACUGGUGGAUCCGUCUUUAUAUAUCCACAUAGAAGAAGCCACGACCGCGAAUCAGGUAUGGGAAAAUUUAAAAAAGGCCUUCGAGGAUUCUGGUCUAUCAAGAAAAGUAAAUUUACUCAGAGAUUUAAUUAAUACAAGUCUGGAAACAAGUAACGGUGUUGAAGAUUAUAUAAGCAAGAUCAUGUCAGCAGCCCACAAAUUAAGAAACAUAAAAUUCCACGUUGAUGAUGAGUGGUUGGGCACAUUGAUGCUUGCAGGCUUAUCAGAUGAAUAUAAGCCAAUGAUCAUGGGAUUGGAGAGUUCCGGUGUAAAGAUAAGUGCAGACUUAAUUAAAACUAAAUUACUUCAAGAAGUAAAGGAUAGUAGUGCCACUUCAGCUUUUUACACAAACUCGUCUAAAAAAUUGUUCAGAAAUAGCCAUCAACAACAGUCUAAGUCUAAGGGCCCCCGAUGCUUCAACUGUAACAAGUAUGGGCACUUAGGAAAGAAUUGCUGGUUUAAAAACAAGAAAGAUAAUCAUGAUAACAAUAAAAGUAAUGGUUUUGUUGCUGCAUUUUCAGCCUUAACAUCCAAUGACUCUGCAAAGUGGUAUCUCGACUCAGGCGCCGCCAUGCACAUGACGAUGCACCGGGAGUGGUUGCAAGACGAGACAGUCCCACCAGUGCGGCAUGUCCGCAUUGCUGAUGACAAGAUGCUGCAUGUUGAAAGCUGUGGCAAGGUUGAAAUAUGUGUACCUUCCAUAAAUGGCAGUACCAGUAUGAUUCAGGUGAGCAAUGUCCUAUAUGUUCCUGAUUUAAAAGCAAACCUGUUAUCAAUCAGCAAGAUAAUAAAGAGUGAAUGUAAGGUGCAGUUUGAUGAGCAUGGCUGUCAGAUAUUCAAUAAAAAUGGAGAAAAAGUAGCAAUGGCUAGUCAGAUAAAUGAUACUUACAUUCUACAUACAAAAACAGCUCAUGCUAUGGCAGCAACAACAGAUAAUAAUAAUACCUAUUUAUGGCACUUGAGAAUGGGCCAUCUGAAUUUUACAGACUUAAAUAAAAUAACAAACUGUGCUACUGGUGUAAAACUGUCUGAAGAGAAAGAAAGUUCUGUCUGCAUUUCAUGUAUUGAAGGGAAACAAUCAAGGCUACCUUUCCCCAGUGAUAGCCAAAGAGCGAGCUCCCGUGCAACAUCAUUGCUAGAGCUCAUCCAUACAGAUGUAUGUGGUCCGAUGCAACAAACUUCAAUUGGAGGAGCAAGGUAUUUUGUGACUUUCAUAGACGAUUACUCCAGAAAAGUAUUUGUUUACUUUAUAAAGUCUAAAUCAGAAGUAUUUGAGAAAUUUAAAGAGUACAAAAACAGAGUAGAAAAUGAACUGAACUGUAAAAUUAAAACAUUAAGAAGUGACAAUGGCAAGGAAUAUAUCAACCAACAUUUCAGUAAUUAUUUAAAGAAUUGUGGUAUUCUACACCAAACAAGCAAUCCAUAUACUCCAGAACAAAAUGGACUCAGUGAAAGAAUGAAUAGAACUUUGAUAGAACGUGCUAAAUGUAUGUUAUUUAAUGCCAUGUUACAGAUGGGCUAUUGGGCUGAAGCGGUGGGCACAGCUGCAUAUAUUGUCAACCGCUCCCCAACACGAGCUCUCUCCUUCAUCACUCCAGAAGAGAUGUGGACUGGAACAGCGCCGGAUCUAAGUCACCUGAGAGUUUUUGGAUGUGAAGCUAUGGUGCACAUACCAAAAGAACAAAGAAGAAAAUUAGAUGCCAAGUCACGUAAAUUAAUAUUUGUCGGGUACAGUGCUUGUACUAAGGGCUACAGAUUUAUAGACCCUCAGAGCAGACGAGUAUACAUGAGUAGAGAUGUAAUAUUCUUGGAAGGCACAGCAAAGAGAAACACAGUGCAGUCAUUUGCUUCUGAAAAUAACACGGUGAAUGAAAAGUCUUCAUCAGCACCUGAAAAAGAAAAGAAAAAUACAUUAGAAUCGGAAGUAAAAGUACAAGAAGUUGUUGAAAAUAGAACACAGUUAGAAGAUAAAUCAAGAGAAAAGGAAAACAUUUUAAAUGAACAGAAUAAAGUAUACCUACCUUUGUCACAGACUGAAACAGCACCUGAAAAUAAUGAAAAUGAAAGUUAUAAUGAAACCACUUCAAGCACACACUCUGAAUUAUUGUAUGAAAGUACUCACGAGGAAGAUACAAACUCUGAUCCAAAUGAUGAGACUUAUGUUCCCAGUGGAAGUGAUGUAGACACCAGCCCUGAAAACAAACAAAGACCUAGCAGGAGAAACGAGUUCUACCAGCCCAGAUCAUACAUAUGCAUGAACAGUGAGUCCACCAUGAGCUAUCUUGACAGCGAUCCACUAUGUCAUGAGGAGGCUCUCAAUAGCGAUAAGAAAAAUGAGUGGCUAAAUGCUAUGAAUGAAGAAUAUCAAGCUCUGUUACAAAACAAUACUUGGAACUUAGUAGAACUACCUGAAGGUAAAAAAGUAAUCCCCUGCAAGUGGGUUUUCAAGACAAAAAGGGAUGAAAAUGGUAACAUUCAACGAUACAAAGCAAGACUGGUGAUAAAAGGAUUCAGACAGACCAAAGGAGUCGACUAUCAUGAAGUUUACGCUCCUGUUGUCCGAUAUAGCUCAGUAAGAUAUUUACUUGGAGUGGCUGCUAAAUACAAUUUGCGAAUACAUCAAAUGGACACUGUAACAGCCUUCUUACAGGGAGAUGUAGAAGAGGAAAUAUUCAUGUGUCAGCCACCCAACUACGAAGAAGGACAUAUGGUGUGUAAGCUGAACAAAUCUCUGUAUGGCCUUAAGCAAGCUAGCAGGCAGUGGAACAAGAAGCUCAAUGAAGCACUCCUCCAGAUUGGUCUGACACGGUCCAAGGUAGAUCCGUGUAUUUACUACAGAAUAGUAAAUGAUAAGAAUAUCCUGUUCAUCACUGUAUAUGUCGACGACCUAAUGUAUUUCUUUAAUGAUGAAGAAACCGCAUCAGUGGUCAAGUUGAAACUGAAAGAAAAAUUUCUGAUGAAAGACAUGGGUGAAGUGAAACAAUGUAUGGGAUACAAAAUCAAGCAAUGUGGUGAUGAAAUUCAUGUCAGCCAGACAAUUUAUAUAGAGAAAAUACUUGAAAGAUUUGUUAUGUCAGAUUGUAAUGCAGUAUCAACACCAUGUGACCCUAGUGUCAACUUGAAGAAAGCUGAAAGCGAAGAGGAAAUUUUAAGGAAUAUUCCCUAUCAAGAGGCAAUUGGCUGCUUACUGUAUCUGUCACAAGGAACACGUCCUGACAUAACAUAUAUAGUAAACACUUUAAGUAAAUUUAAUAACCAACCAACAGCUCAGCAUUGGGCAGCUUUGAAAAGAGUCUUCAGGUAUCUGAAAGGAACAAAGGACUUACAACUUGUCUUCAAAUGUGACGCUGGUAAUAUUGUUGGAUAUUGCGAUGCAGACUGGGCCAGCAACACUGAUGAUAGAAGAUCCUGCACAGGAUAUAUGUUUCUAUUUCAGGGUGCAGCAAUAAGCUGGAGUUCUAAAAGGCAACCCACAGUUGCAUUAUCAAGUACAGAAGCCGAAUAUAUGGCCCUAUCUUCAGCUAUUCAAGAGGCUAUGUGGCUUAAGCAGUUGCAGGAGGAUUUUUGGCCUUCUCUAUCCAAUGAUUCAUUUGAUGUGUACUGUGAUAAUCAAAGUGCUCUUAGUAUUGCAGGUCAUGACGUAUACCACGCACGCAGCAAGCAUAUAGACGUGCGAUACCACUUCAUAAGGGAGAAAAUUGAAGCUAAACAAAUAAGCCUCAAAUAUCAAUGCUCAGAGGACAUGGUUGCAGAUGCACUCACGAAGGGCCUACAAAGACUCAAGCAUGACCGGCACCUCAGCACAAUGGGUCUGCGUUCAGGAGAGGGUGUUGAGGUGAACGCAGCCAACACAGAAUAAUACUAUGAACUGUCAACUUCAUUAUCUGUGGAUAUACAUACUCUGUGAUCGUUUUGUACUUACUUUGUAUUCACCAUUACUUGUAAACUUGCAAUUAAUAAAUAUUAUAAUAAAUAGAUAAAUCCGUGAA